GUUACCUCCACACAUCAGAGCACCAUCACAUCUACUGUGUCACCCUCUCACCCUCAGUUGUCUGUUGUUGACUCCUCUCAGGGAACUGAAAACCAAGACCUUCUUUUACCUCCUUCUGCUUUCAUGAGCAUUGGAUUUCAAAAUACGUUGGGAAAGUCCAGCAACCCAGGUGAUGUCCCACUUGUGCCUUUUCAUCAUUUUGUUGCUCCUGUUAAAGAUAGUUCCAGGUAUCCAGAGACACAUCUGAGAGCACCCAGUGAAAACACUGACGGUCUUUGUGUAAAAGAUGUUACUGAUCCAGCAUCAGUUCUGACAAGAGAACUGCUCAGCAUUCAGCUGGACAUGAAGAGUUUCCAUCAGGACAGGAAGCAGCUCCGGGCGUGGCAGAAACUGAGGGAGGUAUUGCAGAGUUGGCUGCAGACCAGUGGAGAGGAUGAAGAAAUGGAAAAAAACUCUGUUUGUGAGGAGUUGAAGGAGCUGGACGAGCGCAUCGACAGAAUGUCGGCCGAACUGGCGAAACGCAAACCGAUGAUGCUGCUGCACGCAGAGAGGAUCCAGCAUUUACAGACCGUCCUCCACGCUACAGGAGUUUCCGCUCACUAUCGAAAAGCACAAGAGAUGGAAACUGAGAACUCUGUGUUUACAACGUGACAGGAAACAGCACCGGUCCUCACACACUCCCAAAGUGAUUACACCUGCUGACUGUUUGAACGCCUGUUCAUCUCCCCAUGAUCACAUUUCUUAUAACAAUAUGAAGCCUGCUUGUUUUUUAGACUAAACCUUUCUACCUUUUAUAAAAUGGUUAUCUUAAUGACCAAGUAAUCUAUUUAUUAUUGUUAAAUAUCAUGUAAACAGUCUUAAAAUCGUCCUUAGUACCUUAGAGCAAGCCCUCACCUCUACAUCUAUACUUUUAACCUACUUGAGACGUUGGGUAGGGGUCGUCCUUGUGACAGAUGGUGCUAAAUGUUUUCCAUAUGUGUGCAAAAAGUGACUACUGUUUUCAAAGGAGCCGAGCCCUUACGCAAUAGGUUCUCUAUUUCCCGGUUAGUACCAAUGCCUCUAAUACUUUGGAAAAUCUAUGCAGGCAAAUCAGUGAUUUCAGACUAACGGAGAGGACAGCUGUCUGCUGCGCUCUGCAGACUGCAUGAGACCGAUUCAUUAGAGUCUUUGAUCCACUACAGGACAGAAUGCGAGGACUUUAUGCUUUUUUAGUCUUGUUCAUCUUUGUCUGCUGCGUCAGGGCGAAGAAGGUGCGGUGGUGCACGGUGUCAGAUCCUGAACAGAGGAAGUGUGCAGAACUAGCUAAAGCUCUGGUGGCGGUGCUGCCUCCAGCUGAUGUGGUAGCUUUUGCCCGACUCUCAUGCAUACGAGCGUCCAGCACGACUGACUGCAUCGAAAGGAUCAGGGCAAACCGUGCUGAUAUUGUGACAUUAGAUGCAGGAGAAGUUUAUUCUGCUGUGAAGCAGUUCGGCCUCGUCGCCAUUGCUAAGGAGAUCUACAGUGAUGGAGGCUGUAUUCUGUCUGUGGCUGUGGUGAGAAACAGCAGCUUGGACAUACGGUCCCUGCAGGGCCUCAGGAGUUGUCACAGCGGGGCUCGAUGGACAGCUGGAUGGAGUCUUCCUCUCGGCUUCCUGCUGUCCCGAAACUACCUGAGCUGGUCAAAGGAGCAGCCACUCAGUCAGGACGUCAGUACAUUUUUCAGUGCCAGCUGUAUUCCUGGAGCUGCUGCCAUGGCACCUCCUCUGUGCGCUCUGUGCCAAGGCCAGAAGUCUUACAUUCGCCAGAAGAAUUACCUCUGUGAAACGUCUCACAGUGAGCCCUUCUACAACAACCAGGGAGCCCUCAGAUGUCUCAGGAGCGGGGCAGGGGAUGUUGCAUUUGUGGACCACCUAGCCCUUGAAAGUAUUGAAGAGAGUGAGAGUGAUGAGUUCAGGUUACUGUGUACUAACGGCACACAGGCUCCUCUCAGCCACUACAGAACCUGUAAUCUGGGACGUGGUCCUGGGGGGGGCACAGUCACCAGAUUAAACUUUCGCAAGUUUGCUCGCAAAUUCCUAACAACAGUGCAGACGAUGUUUGGCCAACGAGGAAGAGAGAGGCAGCGCUUCCAACUCUUCAACUCUUCGACUUUUGGGGAAAACGAUCUUCUCUUCAAAGACGUGACAGAUAAACUUGCUGUUCUGGCAGAUGACAUGGACGUCAGUCAGGUGCUGGGGCUGGAUUAUGUGGCUCUUCUCAAAGGCCUCGGACAUGAAGGAAGCUCACUGGAGGACAGUGUUGUGCGAUGGUGCUGCAUCAGCCAUGCAGAGCAGAAGAAAUGCGAACAGUGGGCUCUCAGUAUUAAGUCAGACCCGCUGGUGUGUGUUAGAGCAGUGUCAAUGCGUGACUGUAUCGAGAAAAUUAAGAGGGACGAGGUGGACGCUGUCUCACUGGAUGCAACUCACUCAUUCAUUGCUGGGAGAUGUGGUCUCGUCCCUGUUGUAACAGAAUAUUACGGAAAAAAAUGUGUGCUCGCUGAAGGAUCAACUCACUUAGAGACAGAUGUGUUGCCCUCUGUGGUUGGUGUAGCAGUUGCAAAGCGCUCCAGCAGAAACAUUUUCAUUGGGAACCUCGGAGGUCGUCGCUCCUGUCACAGCCACAUGUACAGCCCCUCGGGCUGGCUGCUGCCAUACAGACACACACUGAGCCUGGAGCAUAACAGCAGCUCCCCCUGUGACCCAGACCAAGUGUACAACCAGGUGUUUUGGAAAGGCUGUCUUCCUGGAUCUCAGGGGAAUCUGUGUAAAGUGUGUAUGGGAGGCACCGGGGAGGCCGCAACCAAACGCUGUGCUGACAACCACAAUGAGCGUUACUAUGGCAACAUGGGGGCUUUAAGGUGUCUGGUUGGAGAUCCCACUGGAAAAAGCUACGGAGAUGUGGCCUUCCUCGAGCAGCACAACCUUGAGGCCAACAUCCUCAGUCUGAGCUCCACUGGUUGGGCAGACGGCUGGACGUCGUCAGAGUUUGAGCUGCUGUGUGGUGAUGGUCGUCGGGCCCCGUUGUCAGAGUGGGAGAGCUGUAACCUCGGAGUCAUCCCACCGAACACCAUCAUGACUCGGCCAGUGCUCACGGCACGAGUGUACGACUUCCUCAUGAAGUCACAGGAAACAUUGGCAGCCACCCCAAACACAGAGUUCAAGCUCUUUGAGUCUCAGCAGUACGGAGAGAGUGAUCUGCUGUUUAAAGAUGCAACGAAGUGUUUCGUCCACACGAGCCAUAUCGACUACCGCUCCAUCCUCGGAGAAGAGUUUUACACUCAUGCAGAAACUGUCUUCAACUGCACACACUCUGAUAUCUUGGAGUUUUGCAAUCAGGACGUGUGCAGCAUUUUCUAACAGACACAGAGUGGGAAACAACCUUUUGUGUGCUUCUCGAUGAUUAAAUCCGGCAAACCAUUGCUUGUAUCAUCAAGUUCACACAAAAACUGAGUGACUGUUUCUGCACAACAAAGGCUGGGAUUUCAGUCAUCACUAGAUUGCUACACUUGUAAAAAAAUAUAGAUGUAAAAUCAGUGUGAAGAGAGUAUGAAAAUAUAUUAAUGUGUACAUUUUUCUAAGUAUCAGCUAAAUUCUUAGCAGUUUAUAUGGACCAGUUAUAUCACUGUAUUUGUUUAUAAAAGUCAAAAUGAUGGUGAGAAUAAGAACUUUAAGAGCUAUGUAGAUGCAGAUGUUAUUAUAUCAGACUUUGUUAGUUUUAACUAGGUGUACUUAAUAAACUGACCAUGUAUUA